CUCUACUUUCCUUUUUGAAAUUCCGAAAAAAAGCUAAAGGGGAGGAAAGCUCCACUUUACUUUUACUUUACUUUCGAUGAAACCUCCCUCCUGAAAUGAAAUGAAUUUACAAUAAAAAUGCCCUCAUUGUCAUUGAGCUGAGCCUCCAUCCCUCGCUAGCAGUAGCAGAGUAGUAGUAUUAGAUUUAGAGCAGAAACAAAAGAGAGCAAGGAAGGACGUUCCACAUUCAAGCUAUUAAUAUUAUGCGCUGGAGUUGGUUCACCGAUCAUUUCUUUAAUAAAAGAAAGCAAAGAGAGGAAAGAGCGUUUUAUGAGAAUGGAAGCCUGUUACUUGAGAAGCUGAUUGCCUCUUGCAAUGCCAAGCCUAUUCCCAUCCGUACCUUCUCCGCUCAACAGCUCCGCCAAGCAACCAACAACUUUUCUUCUGAACAGCUGGUAACGGGGUUCUCUAUUCGGUACAAGGUUUCUCUUGAAGGACGAACUGUUCUCAUUAAGGGUUCUUUUGUUCGCAAUGCCAAGCCUAUUCCCAUCCGUACCUUCUCCGCUCAACAGCUCCGCCAAGCAACCAACAACUUUUCUUCUGAACAGCUGGUAACGGGGUUCUCUAUUCGGUACAAGGUUUCUCUUGAAGGACGAAUUGUUCUCAUUAAAAGUUCUUUUGUUCGCAAUGCCAAGCCUAUUCCCAUCCGUACCUUCUCCCCUCAACAACUCCGCCAAGCAACCGACAAUUAUCCUCCUCAACAUCUGGGAAUUUAUUGGUACAAGGGUUCUCUUGAAGGACGAAUAGUUUUCAUUAAGCAUUUAGAUGGUUGGGCCGAUUUAGGCAUCAAUGAUUUAGUGAUUUCUGCACAAAUGAGUGGUCACAGCAAUGUAUUAAAGCCCGUAGGCUGUUGUCUCCACACUCCAUAUCCCUUUUUAGUGUUUGAAUUUGCCGCCAAUGGUUUCCUUUCUAAUCGAAUUUAUGUCUCCCGUGUUACUGAACUACAACAUCAGCCGAUGGUGUGGGAGAGAAGGUUAAAGAUUGCAAGGCAGAUUGCUCAUGCUCUUUCUUAUCUCCAUACUGCCUUCCCUAGACCUGUCAUCCACAUGGCUAUCUCCAUGCGCUGUAUCUUAUUAGAUGAAAAUGAUGUUCCCAAAUUGUCCGGCUUUUAUUUUUCUGUAUCAAUUCCCGAAGGUGAAGCUGACGUGGAAGGUUUUGAAGGCUUUCGACAGUUUGGUCUCUGCGCCCCUGAGUUUAAAGCAACAGGCAAGGUAACUGAGAAAGCUGAUGUCUAUGAUUUUGGUCGGAUUCUUCUAGAACUUUUAACUGGAGAGGAUUCUCUUAAUACAACCCGAUGGACUAUUGAUGAAGAUUCUUCUUUAGUAGCAUACAUACAUAACCGUGCUCAAGGUAGUUGCAUAAACGAGAUUGUGGAUCCUGCAAUCUUGGCUGAAGGAGGUGCUAGUUUACAGUACCAAUUACAGGCUGUGGCAGACCUUGCCUUGACAUGUACAGAGGAAGAUCCACAAAGAAGGCCAACUAUGGUUGAUGUCACCAAACAACUCAGGCGGAUUGAGAGAUUCACACAGGAAUGUGAGGCACUUUUGGGAAGUUUGCAGAAUUUAAAGCUUCAUGAGCGUCUUGAAAUGUUAUUAUGGAAGAUUGCAAAUGAUAUCUUACCAACAGAAGCUCGAAUGAAGCCAACAUGUAAGAUGGAAACUACUUGCUGUCCUUUGUGUGAAACUGAAGAAGAAACAUGCCUGCACUUGUUCAAAAACUGUUCUGUAGCAAAAGCAGUUUGGUUUAGCUCAAGCUGGGGGUUCUUUAUUGAGUCUUUGAAUGCUAAUAACAGCUUUGAUCUCAUUAAGAGUAUAGUCAGUCCUCCAGCUCAUGUGUUACCUGAGCAGGUCACCAAGGGGCAGUUUGUUCUUAUGGCUGCAAAAAUUAUGGAUCACAUUUGGAGUUUGAGAAAUCAAGUGGUGUGCGAGAAUAAGAAAAUAAAUUUCCAAGCAAUUCCUUUCCAAAAUUUCUCAGAAAUUUGAAGUGCUUGAUUAUGCAUCAUUUAAGGGCAGACUUCUAUUGAUCAUCGAUGAAAGGCAAGUUGUGUUGUAAAAGUGGCCUCUGGAAGGCCUCCUGAAGCUUAAUUGUGAUGCAAUUGAGUGCUUACAGAGCUCCUAUACUGUUUAGUUGGCUUGUAAAUUUGGAAUGGUAUGCUCAUUUAGACAAGCAAAGCAUUGUGUCCUUUUUUCCUUUCAAUAUAAUUUACAUUUUAUGAAUAAUAGGAGAGUGGGACCUGUUAAUCAUGCAAUAGAUUCACAUUAUUGCAUGUCCCAAGUAUUUUAGGCAUGUCAACAGGCAUAACUACUUAUUUGAUGUCAAAAGAUUCCUGAUUCACAACGGCGCAGAGGUUGUGAAUCAAGAACAGAGUUGAUUUUAAAAGACUUCAAUAGCUCAAAAAUUAGACAUUAAAAGGCAAAGCCAAGCUAGAUUAGUAUA